CAUUAAAUCCAGGUGGCGACUUUUUUUUGGCCAGGCAGUGUAAAUGACUUUAACAGUUUUCUGUAGAAUAUUUAGUGGAAUGAAAAACAUUAGCACUUCAUAGAUAACCCAUAUAUAUUUUGUCUGAUAGGUGUAGAACAAAGCAUUUUUUUAAAUAAAAAAUAAUACAUAAAAAAGUAUUGCUUUAAAGCCUGAUUCAGUUUGAAUAGGAUUUCCACAUUUAAAGCUCCAUUCUACAUGUUGUCAUUUCUGCUGGUGUUGACGUUUCCACAGCAGAUCAGAACAGGUUGUCAGUGAACAACCUGGGGUCUGGCAGAUCAGCAGGAGGGACCGCGGAGUAAACGUCAGUCAAAAUGUCUCAUAACAGCAACGGCGAUGAGUGUGACCUUGUGAUGAACCAGAGUGCUGUGGACCAAUGUGCUUUUGUGAAGAACACACCAGACUGUUCCAUGGAGGGUGGCUUCAUCAACUACCUUCAGCUGGUCUUCUGUCUGCUGCCUACCAACCUCAUAUCUCUCACCAUCACUCUCUGUGUCAUAUGGCUGCUCAUUUUAUUUGUUUUACUUGGACUCUCUGCAUCCAAGUUUUUCUGUCCCAACCUGUCGGCCAUCUCCACCAGUCUGCACCUCACUCACAACGUGGCUGGUGUCACUUUUCUGGCUCUUGGUAACGGAGCUCCUGAUCUCUUCAGUGCUGUGGCAGCCUUCUCUCGCCCACACACUGCUGGACUUGCUGUGGGCGCCUUAUUUGGAGCGGGAAUAUUUGUUACAACUGUGGUUGCAGGCAGCGUUGCCCUGGUCAAACCUUUUGCUGUGGCCUCUCGUCCUUUUCUGCGUGACGUUGUCUUUUACAUGGGUGCAGUGUUUUGGACUUUCCUCAUGCUGUACAGAGGAACCACAACACUGGGAGAAACUCUGGGCUACCUGAGCCUGUAUGUGGUCUAUGUGUUGACUGUUAUCAUCAGUGCUUACAUCUACAACAGGCAGAAGUAUUCAGUGAGUGCAGAUUCUCUAAAUGAGCCUCAAAUUCCAGACGUUCACUCCUCUGACUCGUCCGAUGAUGAUGUUCCUUGUCUAAAUCCUGAAUCCAUCCAGCAGGACUACGAAUCAGAGUACAGGCCACUUCUUCCAUACUCAGAGUCCACCAGUCACAUCCUGCUGAGCUCCCUGAACCCAGUGGACAGCAGGAAGUGGAGGAGGAAGACGUGGAGGUGGAGAGUCUUCAAAAUUUUAAAGAUUCCUCUGGAGGUUCUGCUGCUGCUCUGCAUCCCUGUCGUAGACCCAGACAAAGAAGACAAGAACUGGAGACGUCCCUUAAACUGCCUCCACCUCAUCACUGCUCCACUGGUGUCUGUGCUUACCUUCCAGUCGGGAGCAUAUGGAACCUACAUGAUCCAAGGACAGCUUCCUCUCUGGCUCUUUACUCUGUUGUUGGGAGUAUUUCUAUCUACCAUAGUUUUCUGCUCCACCACCAAUGACUGCCCCCCUAAAUAUCACUCACUCUUUGCUCUCUUAGGGUUCAUAGUCAGUGCAGUGUUGAUCAGUGCAAUGGCCUCUGAAGUGGUCAGCCUUCUGCACAUGCUUGGUGUGGUGCUGAGCCUCAGCAACACUGUGCUGGGCCUCACACUGUUGGCCUGGGGCAACAGCAUAGGAGACUGUUUCUCUGACAUCACGAUUGCUCGGCAGGGUUACCCACGAAUGGCUAUAUCUGCCUGCUUUGGAGGCAUCAUCUUCAACAUGCUGUUUGGAGUGGGUUGGGGUUGUGUGGCGCAGAUGGCUACAACCAAGUCUGAUGUGCAGAUUGAACCUGAAGGUUUGCUGACAUGGAUCCUGACAGGAUCUCUGGGUUUGUCUCUGGUUCUGUCCUUCGUCAUUGUUCCACUCAGCAAGUUCCACCUGGGUAGACCCUAUGGGAUUUUCCUCAUCGUGUUUUACUUCCUCUUCCUCCUCAUUGCGCUGCUGACAGAGUUUGGCAAGAUCCGAAUUGUAUGAGGCCGAAAACUAAAGCCAGGUUUGAAAUAAUGUAAAAACAGAGACACUGGAAAUGACGCUGCACUAAGUGCAGAUGAGUAACAACGUCUCCUGCACACCUUACAUUAAUAUACACAUUGAUGCACUUUUCAUAGAAUAAUUAACACUUGCCUCCUACAUAGCUAUGCUGUGUUUGGAAUCCGAAUAAAACUACAGUCUCUGCUCAGUCAGAUCUGAUGUUAGUCACAAUGUCUCUUAGUUCAGCAUCUUCUUUGAGCUGACACGAGUUGAGAUGAGACUUUGACAAAAUAAAAUAUUGUUUGUUUGAUAAAUAUAUCUAUUAAACUUAAAAUGUUAAAAAUGUUAAAAAAAAAUAAACAUGUAUUUAUAAGCUCUGAAAA